AUCUCUUUCGAGCCAUAUCCAUCCGGGUGCAUACAAACAGAACAUCAUGUCUCCCACACCCCUCCAGCCAGGUGCCUACGCACCAACCCCAACUUUCUUCCACCCCGACACCGAAGACCUCGACAUCCCAACCAUCCGCCGCCAUUCCGUCCGCCUCGCCAAAGCCGGCCUCGCCGGCAUAGUAGUCCAAGGCUCCAACGGUGAAGCCGUGCACCUCACCCGCGCAGAGCGCAAAACCGUCAUCCACGAAACUCGCUCCGCGCUCAUUGACUCCGGCUUCCAAAACGUCCCCGUCAUCGCAGGAGCCACUGAACAAAGCGUCCGUGGUACUAUCGAGCUCUGCAAAGAGUCGGCAGAAGCUGGUGCUCAGUAUGUCCUGAUCCUCCCGCCUAGUUACUACAAGGCUGCUACGGGGGGUGACCAGGCGCUAUAUGAGUUUUUCACGGCUGUUGCGGAUGGCUCGCCGGUGCCGGUUAUUCUAUAUAACUAUCCCGGUGCUGUUGCGGGGGUUGAUAUGGAUUCGGAUCUUAUUAUUCGGAUCUCGCAGCAUCCUAAUGUUGUUGGGACGAAGUUUACUUGUGCGAAUACGGGAAAAUUAACCCGUGUUUCGCACGCUCUUGAUGCGAUUACUGCUCCUUCCCCGCUUGUCGCGAAUAGACAACGCCUUUCUGCUAAAACUGCUGAGAACCAUCGCUACGUCACCUUCGGCGGAAUGGCGGAUUUCACCCUCCAGACUCUUGUCUCUGGUGGUUCUGCUACUCUAGCUGGAGGCGCGAACGUGAUCCCUCGACUAUGUGUGCAUGUGUUCGAUCUCUGGAGUCAGGGUCGGAUUUCUGAGGCUGUUGAGGCACAAGGGUUAUUGAGUCAGGCGGAGUGGGUGCUGACCAAGACUGCUAUUCCGGGGACGAAAAGUGCAUUGCAGAGUUAUUAUGGGUAUGGGGGGCUUGCGCGGAGGCCGUUGGGACGGCUGAGUAAGGAGCAGGCUAAGGCUGUGGAGGAUGGGAUUAGGGAGGCUAUGGAGGUGGAGAAGAGCUUGCCGGAUGUUGCAUAGACUCUUUUUGUUCUUAUAUUGAAUUCUAUUUUAUGCUCCAAGCAACCCUACAAACUGCAAGUACUGCCUUUCCUCAGCAGCCUGAACCGCUGUCACACCCUUAUCAUCCUUGAUGUCUGCAACCCCAUACUCCAGAAGGAGCCUCACCAUAUCAACAUCACCACUCCUCGCCGCCAAAUGCAAAACCAGUCCACUUCUUUGAUUCUCCUCUCCAGCUUUCUCCGGCCUGACCCCCCGCC